AAUAAAAUAAAUUAGGGUGUGGGUAUUUAUAUGUAUUGUAGAAGAGAAAGAAAAUAGAGUAGAAAGAAAAAGAAGAUGGGAGAUGAGGAGUAUUAUCCAUUGUUUGAGACAAGAAGAGGCAGAGGAAGAGUAAUUUACAUAAUGUUGUCAUUUUCAUUGUUUGUGGGAAUUUGGUUCAUGUGGUUUUACAGAGUGAGUCACAUACCAAGAGAAGGUGAAGAUGGGAGAUGGGCUUGGAUUGGUUUGCUUUCUGUGGAACUAUGGUUUGGUCUUUACUGGCUCCUUAGGCACACCUUCAGAUGGAACCUUGUCUUCAGACAACCUUUCAGACACACUCUCUCUCAGAGAUAUGAGAAGAUACUGCCAAGAGUGGACGUGUUUGUGUGCACAGCAGAUCCAGUAAUUGAGCCACCAAUGAUGGUGAUUAACACAGUGCUAUCAGUUAUGGCUUAUGACUAUCCAACAGAAAAACUGAGUGUGUAUCUCUCAGAUGAUGCUGCAUCAGAUAUCACCUUCUAUGCUCUCUCUCAGGCUUCCAUUUUUGCCAAACAAUGGCUUCCCUUCUGCAAGAGAUUCAAGGUGGACCCCACCUCACCGGCUGCUUUUUUCAAAACUAUAGCCUCCACCACUCACUCAAGUAGUGAUAUUGCCAAAGAAUUUGCCACCAUCAAGAAAUUGUACCAAGAUAUGGAAAGUCGAGUAGAGAAUGCAGCCAAGGAGGGUCAAGUACCAAAAGAAGUACACUCAAAGCAUAAAGGAUUUUCUCAGUGGGAUUCUUAUUCUUCUCGGCGUGACCAUGACACAAUUCUUCAAAUACUACUUGAUGGAAAGGACUCGAGUUCCAAAGAUGUAGAUGGGCAAGUUAUGCCAAUAUUGGUAUAUUUGGCUCGCGAGAAGAGACCCCAAGUGCCACAUAACUUCAAAGCUGGAGCCAUGAAUUCAUUGAUAAGGGUGUCAUCAAUGAUUAGCAAUGGGGAAAUUAUUCUUAAUGUAGAUUGUGACAUGUACUCAAACAAUUCCCAAUCUCUAAGGGAUGCACUCUGCUUCUUCAUGGAUGAAGUUAAAGGCCAUCAAAUCGCUUUUGUGCAGACUCCACAGUGUUUUGAGAAUAUCCAGAAGAAUGAUCUAUAUGGAGGGGCUCUACUAGUAAGUUAUGAGGUGGAAUUCCAUGGUAUGGAUGCACUUGGUGGGCCUUUGUACAUUGGAACUGGCUGUUUUCACAGAAGAGAUAUACUAUGUGGAAGAAAGUUCAAUGACCAAUACAAGAAUGAUUGGAAUGGAUCUAAAAAUAUUGAUCAUAUGAAAGAAGCAAGCUUGCAUGAACUGGAAGAAAAAUCAAAGGCUCUUGCUAGUUGUACCUUUGAGGAAAACACAUUAUGGGGAAAAGAGAUGGGACUGCAAUAUGGUUGCUCAGUAGAAGAUGUGAUAACAGGAUUGUCUAUUAAAUGUAGAGGAUGGAAAUCAGUGUUUUAUAAUCCUGAAAGGAGAGCUUUCUUAGGUGUUGCUCCAACCACCUUGCCAGAAGCACUAGUUCAACAUAAGAGAUGGUCUGAAGGAGGCUUUCAAAUUCUGCUUUCUAAGUAUAGUUCUGCAUGGUAUGCUUGGGGAUUCGUCAGUCCAUUCCUUCAAAUGGCAUAUUGUUACUAUAAUCUAUGGGUGUUUACUUCCUGGCCAACUCUAUAUUACUGCACCAUCCCUUCACUGUAUCUCCUCAAAGGCAUUCCCUUGUUUCCACAGAUGUCAAGUCCAUGGUUCAUACCUUUUGCAUAUGUCAUGCUUGGGGAUUCUUUUUACUGCUUGUUAGAGUUUUUGUGGUCUGGAGGCACAAUCAAGGGUUGGUGGAAUGACCUAAGGAUGUGGCUUUACAAGAGAACAACCUCUUACCUCUUUGCUUUUAUUGAUACCAUUUUGAAGCUUUUCGGGUUUUCAGAAUCAGCCUUCGUGAUAUCUGCAAAGGUGGCAGAAGAAAACGUUUCCCAACGAUAUGAAAAAGAGGUUAUGGAGUUUGGAAACUCAUCACCAAUGCUCACUUUACUGUCAACACUUGCAUUGCUCAACUUGUUUUGUCUUCUUGGCAUGUUACUAAAGCAAGUAUUCAUCAGUGAAGGGGGUCUCAGAAGUUGUGAGACAAUGGCAUUGCAAGUUCUCCUAAGUGGGGUUUUGGUUCUCAUCAAUGUACCUGUGUACCAAGGCCUCUACCUAAGAAAAGACAAGGGAAGAUUACCAACAUCUGUUGCAUUUAAAUCUACAGCAUUGGCUCUAAGUGCAUGUGUUCUCUUUAUUGCCAUAAGUUAAAAUGUUUAAUAUUUUCACUUUUUGUUUACCAAGUUUUACUGUUAUAGUGAAGCAAUUCAGAAAAUGUAUGUUAGUCACCCCAAUUCACCAUUAGCCUUAUGUUAUUUAAUCACAACUGAACAAAUCACCAUUAACCAUUAAAUAACACUUUCUGUUGCUCAAUUAGAAAGUGUAUCUUGUGUUUAUGUUAAAUUUAAAAAAUAAAAUA